UUCGCCGCCAGUAGUUACCUGUCAAGCCCAUCAGAUCAUGUCUCUGUCGGGCCGUCCCAACACGGUCCGGUUGGUGUUCCUUGGGGCCGCGGGGGUCGGUAAGAGCGCGCUUAUCCGCCGUUUCCUCCACGACAGCUUCGAGCACAAGUACACGCGCACAGUCGAGGAGCUUCACGUGCUCGAGUACGACCCUGCCGGGUCUGGGAAGAAGAUGCGCCUGGAGAUCUUGGACACCAGCGGUAGCUACUCCUUCCCGGCCAUGCGGGAGCUCAGCAUCCGACACAGCGACGCGUUCGCCCUGGUGUACGCAGUGGACGACCCCGGGUCCCUGGAGGAGGUGAAGCGGCUCCGCGAGGAGAUUCUGCAGCUACGGGGCGGCGGCAAGAAGAGCGCGCCCAUCACCGUGGUCGGCAGCAAGGCAGAUCUGAAAGACACCGAGGGUCGCGUGCUGCUGGCGGCUGACGUUAUGGCCACGGUGGAGAACGAGUGGGACGCCGACUUCGUGGAGGCGUCCGCGCGCACCGGUGUUAACACGGUGGUAGUGUUUCGCGCGCUGCUGCAACAGGUGAACGUGCCGCACCGAGCGAGCCCUCCGGAGUGGAGGCGCAGAGACACUUUGCCCAGACCAGCAGUUAAGAAACGACCACCGCUGAAGAAGAACAACAGCUGUGUCCUGACAUAAGAACAUGUCCUCCGGACGACGACGGACUCUGCAGCUGGACUGCUCGUGCUCAGGUGCUGCUGGUCAUCACAGUGUGCGCUACUUUGGUCGGUCCAGAGGUGCAAAGUUGGAAGGAAGGUCCAAUAUGAACUACAUGAAAAUGCACUGUCUCUGAAGCUCUCGACAGUAAUGAUAGUCCAAAUGAUUUAUGGGACUCCUUAUAUGUAAUGCACUUUAUAGCCUACGUGUUAAAAGAUUCCCAAUUUUGGGCACAUUUAAAAAAAAAAAAAAAUCUUAUGUGAAUACAAUAUUUGUUGUGAUUUUUGCCUACUGUU